GCUGAGGAGAAGGGGAGGAGGCGGCGGAGGCCUCGCGGGCUCCCCGAGGCGGCAUCGUCGACGUCGUCGUCGUUGUUAUCGGCGGCCCUCCCCCUUUGUCUUCUCUCUCCCCCCCCCCGCCCCGUCCCGCGGGGUUGAUGUGGCUGCGCUGGGGGAGAAGGAUGAACGGAGGAUAAAUGGUGCCCAAGGCGGACAGCGGCACCUUCCUCCUCCUCUUCCUCCUCGUGCUCAGCAUCACCGAGCCGCUGCGGCCAGAGCUGCGUUGCAUCCCCGGGCAAUUCACUUGCCGCAGCGGUUCAGUCCAGUGCAUCCCCUCCAAGUGGCAGUGCGAUGGGUGGCCCACCUGUGAGGAUGAAAGCGAUGAAGUUGGCUGCCCAAACUAUACAGGGGACCAACGAACUUAUCACGGGAAGGAAAAUGUGGACUCCAGGCACAAUCGCGGAAGAGGAGGGGACACGACACGGUUCCACACCAUCAACAUGGCACAGCCGGUUCGAUUUAGUAGUUUCCUAGGGAAAUGCCCAUCAGGGUGGCACCACUACGAGGGCACUGCCAGUUGCUACCGGGUGUACCUAAACGGAGAGAACUACUGGGACGCUGUACAAACCUGCCAGAAGGUGAAUGCUUCCUUGGCUACCUUUACCACCGACCAGGAGCUGAAGUUCAUUCUGCAGCAAGAGUGGGACUCUGAGGAGAAGACCUUUGGCCGGAAAGAUCAACGCCGGUUUUGGGUUGGAUAUCAGUUCGUCAUCACCAACCGAAACAAUUCUCUCGAAGGCCACUGGGAAGUCGCUUAUAAAGGCUCGUCGGAAGUAUUUCUGCCCCCGAAUCCUACAUUUAGCACAUCCCUCUCUGAAAACGAAAACAUCCUCUGCGCCCAAUUUCAGUGCUCCCAUUUUCCAAUUCUCCGGCACCACGGUUUUCACAGCUGGUACGCCGAGAACUGCUACGAAAAAUCGUCCUUUCUUUGCAAGAGAAGUCAGACUUGCGUGGAUAUCAAAGACAACAUUGUUGACGAAGGCUACAAUUUCACACCUAAAGGGGACGACCCUUGCUUAAGUUGCACAUGUCACAACGGUGAGCCGGAGAUGUGCGUGGCGGCGUUGUGCGAGCGUCCGCAGGGCUGUCAGCAUUACCUGAAGGACCCCAAGGAAUGCUGCAAGUUUACCUGUUCGGAUCCUGACGGCAACAGUCUGUUCGAUUCCAUGGCCAGCGGCAUGCGUCUCAUCGUCAGCUGCGUCUCUUCUUUCCUCAUUUUGUCCCUCCUGCUCUUCAUGGUCCACCGGCUGCGACAGAGACGCCGGGAGCGCAUCGAGUCUCUGAUCGGAGCCAACCUGCAUCAUUUUAACCUGGGCCGAAGGAUGCCCGGUUUCGAUUACGGUCCAGACGGCUUUGGAACGGGACUCACACCGCUGCAUCUUUCCGACGACGGAGAAGGCGGAGCCUUUCAUUUCCACGACCCGCCUCCUCCCUACACAGCGUACAAAUACCCGGACAUCCAACAUCCGGAUGACCCUCCGCCGCCUUACGAAGCUUCCAUCAACCCGGACAACAUUCUUUGUUCUCAUCCAGAUGGGGUCCAUUCUCAGACAGGCCCUAACGCUCCGCUGUCCUUAGGAAGUGCCGACACAUCUCCGCCGCUCCCCAACGACUCUCUUCCUCCUUCCGUGGGCCCGUCUCCGAUGGACCUUGAAAACUCUGCUGACAGCAGCACCCUCCUUGUCCUACCAGACACUCCUUUAAGUGAAAAUACUCUCUCAGAGAGCCUGGCUGGCAACCACCACAGCCACUGUUCUCUAAAUACCAUUGUAUAAAAAAAAAAGGAAACACAAUCAAAACGAGAGACAUGCCCCCCCUACCCCCCAUUAACUGCCAGUCAGCAAUAAAUGUUGGGCAGCUGCUUGGCCGGCCCGAUGUACGAUGGGGGAAAUGCUGAAUCCAUGGACUGAAGUUCGGAAAUAAAGAAAAACUCCCGUGUCUGGCCUUUUUCAGAUUCUCCUUUUGAGUUUAGACUUGGCCUGGGCAGUCAUGUCCCAUUCUUAACCUGACCCUCUUCAGAAGAAAAACCAAGUUGUUAAAGACACUUUGUUUGUUUUUCUACUGGCAAAUGGAAAAAAAGAGCAGAAGAUGUCCAGUUUUUAAUUUCUUUCUUUCUUUCUUUCUUUUUUUAAAGCGGAGGAAAAUUAUGGAUAGAUUUUUUUUGGGGUGAGGGAGGAAGCGGAUCGUAAAAUCAUGGAGAUGAAACACCAGGCGGUGUAACUUCUGGAAUGCCAGGGCGUUUAGGGAUCUUCCAGGAACAGAGUGCAGUUGUUGGUUCUCCUGCUUUAUCAGUCUUUGGUUAAUCUUCAAGUCCAGAAGACUCGAUGUUGGGUUGUUGGGUAUUUCUGAACGGCGCACAGGACCAUCAUGGUUUGAAAUACGAACCCAAGGAGAAAGAGACAGGCAAUGGGUUCCAUAAAGUCAUCAUCUUCACAUGGCUUCCAGUCUUGGUUGCAAAGAAGAACUACACGAGUUGGCCAAACACUUGUUCGCGUCCUGGAAGGAAGCACGUAAGGUUCAAAUCUCGAUCCGGUCGCUUCGCCGUAACCUGUUUUAAUACUCGACUGGACCAUUUCAACUCAGUGACUUGUAUAUGGCAUUCCCCUCCUGACUUUUUCUCUUGUUAUAAAUUUGGGGUAUUGAGUUUUUUUGGGGGGACUGAGUUGGUGUGGGGAUAAUAGAAUUUCCAAGUGGGGAAAAACAAAAUUGUGAUUGGACCAAUCAGUCCGCCUUUAAUUUUUCUCUUUUAUCUCUGUUCGUUUUGCUUUUCGUUCUCAAUAGUUUAAGAUUCCGAGCUUUCUUUAUCCUUGCAGGAUUCAUUCGAACGCCUUAUAACAGGAGACAAGCAAGGGAAAUAAUUUGGGGUUAGGAGGAAAAAAAAAAUCGUACAGAUCGUAAAAAAUCGGUGACGUCACAAACCUAACCUCUUGAUGUAUUUGGAGUUUGGAAUUUAGACCUGUUUGGAGAUGGGUGAUCAGUAGUAGUCCAGCUUGAAUCUCUUCAGAAGGACAUCUGGAAGGUACAGGGAUCUCUUCCCCUAGUGCUUCCUCUCACCCUUCCCACCGAGAGAUCUUGGCGAGAACUUGUAAAACGUUGAGUUGAUUGCAACUUAUAGCCAAGCCGAUCUCGAUCCAUCGCUGCCCUCUUGCCUCCUGAGUAAGCAUGCCCAGGUUUAAUUAAGAGAAACUUCAUACUUCCAGUCCUUCAUUUGUGUGUUCCUGUUGCCUUAUGAAAGGCAGGAGGCCUAGAAGGACAGGAGAAACACAAUCCAUGGUUCAGUACUUCAAUGUAACAGGGUGCCUUCUCAUUUCAACCCUUUUUUUUUCCUUUCUCAUUCUUCUUCUGCAUUUCUUAUCUACCCCCAGUGUAAUAUUGAUGGUAGGUUAGGUUUUGGGCCGUUCUAGGAAAGAGAGUUCUAGCUCGGCCAAUAACACUCCAGGGUUGUCCUUGCAGAAGACCGCAGAUUUAAUCUUCCACAUGUCCAGGGAUCGCUUGGGAAGACUCCAGCCUGAAAGGUGGGUCUCCCAUCGGUGUAGACUUCAGAGACCCUGAAGCGGCUCAGCAGAAAAGAAACCCAAGUUGUACUUAACGUCGAUUGGUGAUAACCUGCUUGCAAGCAAUCACGGAUCCAUUCGUGUCUCAUUUUACGGUACCACAAUCGCGCCGCCAGGCUGUUGCAUCUAGACAAUGCUUUCCCCUUGGAAGCCGAGGUAGAAAUCCACAAUUCUGCUUCAGUGACCUCUUAGAUCUUGCCCCACGAAAUUCGGAAAUCUGGUUUCAAAAAAAAAAAAAAGGGCCUUCUCACCAACCUCGGAGGCAUGAAGCAACGUCUUGAGAGACAAACAACGAUUUUGCCUAGAGGGAGACAGACAGAAACUUUGAUCUCUCUUUGGAGGAGUGUGGAAAUGGCCACGGGACACUGGAGGAAAAGCAAUCGUGGAUUUUCCCACUCAUUACCGUAUUUUUCGGAGUAUAAGACGCAACCUUCCCCCCCCUAAAAGGGGGUGAAAAUUUAGGUGCGUCUUACACACCGAAUGUAGCCCCACCCACCCACUGGCCCCCACCCUUUGGCCUCUGCCUCCCAGCAGUUUACCUCCUUGCAAGCAAACAGCAAGAAAAAACAGCUCCUUUCAGCUUCAGCACAGCCUAAUUAGCAGAGGUUGAUUGGAUCGGCCUCCCGACUCUCAGCUGAUUUGCUUUCAGCUGUUUUGCGCAGGGCUCUGCUGCUUGCUGCAAGGAGAUAAAUUGCUGGAGCAGAUUUUUUUUCCCCCUUGUGCUAAUCAAGCUAUGCUGAAAACGAAAAUGAAAGUAAAGCAGGCUGUUUGCUGCAAAGAGGCAAAAUUGCUGGGAGGCAGAGGCAGAUGUCUUUUUCUUCUUUUCCUCACCAAAAAAGGUAGGUGCGUCUUAUACUCCGGUGCGUCUUAUACUCCGAAAAAGACGGUACUUUCUUUCCUUCCUCCUGGCUGUCUCAGCCUGGUAACCAAGCAGCGUUCCCUCUCUCCUUCCCAAAGUCUGAGGUCAGAAUUGGGGAUCCAGGGCAGGUACUGAACGUUUCUGAAGUAUGGGAAAAAUAAUAAUAAUAAUAAUAAAAAAAGAAAUAAAAAGCGGGUUAUGUGCGUUUUUAGCACACUCAUCAGUUUUAUACAUUGUAGGUACGGACUUCUUCCUUUGGUUUUAUAUAUGUAAGUGUGAAUGGGCUUGGGUGAUUGAGUGUUUACGACGAAUGUUUUUCAACCUCGGCAACCGGGAGAGGACUGACUCCCAGAAUUCCCUAGGCUGGGGAAUUCUGGGAGUUGAAGUCCUCCCCCUCUUAAAAGUUGCCAAGAUGGAGAAACGCUGGUGUUAUGAUCUUGAGCAAAGUAUAACAGCGACACGGGAUUGGAAGCUGAUGGCCAAGCUUCCCGUCCAUGUAAAGAGAAGACGAAUUUAGAAGGAGAAAUACAGAACUAGGGGUACUGUUACAUUUUGAAAUUUUAUUUUUAUUUUUAUUUUUAUUUCAAAUUUAUAUACCGCGCCUUCUCCCGAGGGACUCAGGGCGGUGUACAGCCAGAUAAAAACGUACAAUACAAACAUUAAAAACAAUUAAAAGAAUAUAUAUUAAUUUGGCCCCAGUUUAAAAUGACAAACCAAUUAAAAAUAUUUAAAAAUAUGUUAAGCCAGCCUGCCUUGCUGAAAAAAGAAAGUUUUAAGGGCACGGCGGAAGGCACCGAGGUCUUGGAUUCUCCUUAUCUUGGGAAAGGCAAACCUUUCCCGAAAAUAAGACCCAACCGGAAAAUAAGUCCUAACAUGAUUUUUCAGGAUGCUCGUAAUAUAAGCCCUACCCCCCAAAAUAAGCCCCAGUUAAGGAUGCAUUUAGUACCGUUAUUUCCCCCAAAAUAAGACCUAGCCUUGUCAGUUCCUCACCACUUCAGUGUGAGCGUCAACAGCUCCUUUAAGGUUGCCACGUGGGAAUAAAACUUUUUAAAUGCUUACUGCACCCUCCCACGGGAAGUAUUGGGGUAUGGUUCACACCACUCUCAGUCCAUUGGCUGAAGCUCACUCGUGGGCCAUAGCUUGCCAUUUCUUACCCUAAAGCAAAUUUUAAAAGCUCCUUUUCCAUCUCAAUAAACUCCAUUUGACAAAAUGCCCUUUGGUAUUUGAUGUCAGCUUCCUAGAGGAGACGUUUCUCGCUGGGUGUGAUUUUGAGUUUCAUGCUUUGUGCUGUUUUUAAGUUAGGGCACGUAGCAGUUUAUAGAAGUCAAGACUCCCCACUCAGUAAAACCUGGUUGUAUGGCCUGAACGCAUUUUUUUGAAAAGCAUUGUUGCCUAGAAUCCAAGUCUUUGUUUGUUUGCACCCUCAAAUGGGUCAGAUGUCCUAAUUACGGUAUGGAACUUGGAGACCUGUGGUUAAAAGUCCACCAUUCAUUUCAACCAGGCUGGUAAUGGGGAGAAAGAAGUAGGAUGGAUUGUCCAACUUCUAAAUCUCAAGAGAAAUGGACUAAAUUUUAUUUCAACCAGGCUGGUACAGCUGUAGAAGAAGGUGGAUGGAUUGUCCCAACUGCUAAGUAUCAGGAGAAGUGAACUAAAUUUCAUUUCAACCAGGCUGGUACAGGUGGAGAAGAAGGUGGAUGGAUUGUCCAACUUCUAAGUAUCAGGAGAAGUGGACUAAAUUUCAUUUUAAGCAGGCUGGUACAGCUGUAGAAGAAGGUGGAUGGAUUGUCCCAACUGCUAAGUAUCAGAAGAAGUGGACUAAAUUUCAUUUCAACCAGGCUGGUACAGCUGUAGAAGAAGGUGGAUGGAUUGUCCAACUUCUAAGUAUCAGGAGAAGUGGGCUAAAUUUCAUUUCAACCAGGCUGGUACAGCUGUAGAAGAAGGUGGAUGGAUUGUCCAACUUCUAAGUAUCAGGAGAAGUGGGCUAAAUUUCAUUUUAGCCAGGCUGGAACAGCUGUAGAAGAAGAUGGAUGGAUUGUCCAACUUCCAAGCUUUAGUGGAAGUGAACUAAAUCGGUACUAUUUGGUGAGAAACCACUGUUUGCCCACUCAAUCCUUCCACCUUUCAUUAUUUUUAUUCCUCCCCCCUCCCCAAAAAAUCAAAUAGCUUAUUGAAACCAAAAAUCCCUUCUUGCUUCAAGGCCUUAGCAGGAAAGAUAGAAUUGGGAAAACCUGAAGUCAACCAUUGGGGGUCAAACAAACACAAAGUUCUACAAAUUUGGAACUCCAGGCCCAUUCGGGUGUGCCCAGCUCUUUUCUAGCUACAUCAUGCAAAGGGGGAUGCCCCGACUUUCUGUACGCUUGAGAAAGGACGAUAGGUGUGCAUGUGUGAGCCAGUGUGCCAAUCAAGUGAAUCACUGCUUUUAAAUUUUCUUUGGAAAGACAUUUUCGGCUGAAUUUGCCAGUCUCGUGGUGUCAGUUUGUGGCUGAAUUGAACCGUGGCAUGUGUGUGUACAAAAAAAAUAAAAUAAAAGAGGGGGGGGAAAAAAUUAAGAUUUUUAUAUUUCAUGGAACGGUAUGCAGAAAUGAAAUUUGAUACUGUAAUAAGUUGGUCCCUGUGACAUUUUUAUGUUCUAAUAUUUUGAUUUUUUUUUUAAAAAAAAGGUUUUUAUUUCAGGGAAAGGGUGGAGAAGGGUAGGGGUUUUUUUUGGGACACUAAUCUUUAUUUUAUUUUUUUUCCAAGAUGCUGUGAGAGACAUUCCAUCUAGAUGCCAAAUAAAUUGUGUUUUGUUGAGAGAAAUCAA